GGUGCGCGCGAGCCAUGAUCGUCGCCAUUUUAUUUUCUAAAAACCGAACGGGACCGGAGAGGAGAAGCGACCUUUCAGCCGGAGUGAUCGAGACGAGAAACGUAAGAGACAGAGAAUAAAACGUGAUCACCAGCGCGUAGUUUGUGCGAGCAGAGAUGUCAAUCUUGAAGUUGCACUGAAGGACCGUACAUUGAAUCAGGACCCACAGACAGAAGCCGCUUGUUGGACGCACGGACAUUUUCACACCUGGGGAGGGGGGGGAGCAGAAGUAACCUAUCACUGAAGUGACUAAAGGGGAAUAAUGGUGAUUUUGCGCCGGGCUCGGCCGCCUGCUUCCGCCCCAACCAGCAAUGAAUCUUGACUCGCUCUCGCUGGCUUUGUCUCAAAUCAGCUACCUGGUGGACAAUUUAACUAAGAAAAACUACAGAGCCAGCCAGCAAGAAAUACAGCAUAUUGUGAAUCGUCACGGCCCUGAAGCAGACAGGCAUCUAUUACGCUGUCUCUUUUCCCAUGUGGAUUUCAGUGGCGAUGGUAAAAGCAGUGGCAAAGAUUUCCACCAGACACAGUUUCUGAUCCAGGAGUGUGUGUCUCUUAUUACGAAGCCAAAUUUUAUUUCAACUCUCUGCUACGCCAUUGACAAUCCUCUGCACUAUCAGAAGAGUUUGAAGCCAUCACCGCACUUGUUUCCUCAACUGAGUAAAGUUCUCAAGCUAAGCAAGGUCCAGGAGGUUAUUUUUGGCCUUGCUCUUCUGAACUCCAGUAACUCAGACCUGCGAGGGUUUGCUGCGCAGUUUGUGAAACAGAAGCUUCCAGACCUCCUUCGCUCAUACGUAGACGCGGACCUCGGAGGCAGCCAGGAAGGUGGCUUCCAGGACAUUGCCAUAGAGGCUCUGCACCUACUGCUCUCACACCUCCUGUUUGGGCAGAAGGGCUCCAGCGGAGUCGGGCAAGAGCAGAUAGACGCUUUCCUCAAAACACUGUGCAGAGAUUUCCCGCAGGAGCGCUGUCCUGUGGUGCUCGCACCACUGCUGUACCCUGAGAAACGGGACAUUCUCAUGGACAGGAUCCUGCCAGACUCUGGAGAGUUAGCCAAGACCAUGAUGGAGAGUUCUCUUGCGGAGUUUAUGCAAGAAGUUGGCUAUGGCUUUUGUGCAAGCGUUGAUGAAUGUAGGAACAUAAUCCUACAGUAUGGAGUGCGUGAGGUGACUGCAAGCCAAGUGGCCAGAGUGCUGGGCAUGAUGGCUCGCACUCACUCUGGGCUUUCAGAUGGAAUCCCUCUACAGUCUAUCUCUGCUCCGGGAAGUGGCAUCUGGAGUGAUGGGAAAGACAAAAGUGAUGGCUCUCAGCCCCACACCUGGAAUGUAGAAGUUCUGAUUGAUGUUGUAAAGGAACUCAACCCCAAUUUGAAUUUCAAAGAGGUCACCUACGAGCUAGACCACCCAGGCUUCAUGAUCCGGGACAGCAAGGGGCUGCAGAUGGUGGUUUAUGGGAUUCAGAGGGGACUGGGUAUGGAAGUCUUCCCUGUGGAUCUCAUCUACAGGCCUUGGAAGCAUGCUGAGGGCCAGCUCUCUUUCAUCCAGCAGUCCUUAUUGAGCCCAGAGGUGUUCUGCUUUGCCGAUUACCCCUGUCACACAGUUGCCAUCGACAUCCUCAAAGCUCCACCUGAAGAUGACAACAGGGAGAUAGCUACAUGGAAAAGCCUGGACCUGGUGGAGAGUCUGCUGCGGCUGUCUGAGGUGGGCCAGUAUGAGCAGGUCAAGCAGCUCUUCAGCUUCCCCAUAAAGCACUGCCCAGACAUGCUUGUGUUGGCGCUGCUGCAGAUCAGUACAUCCUGGCACACGCUGCGCCAUGAGCUCAUCUCUACCCUUAUGCCCAUCUUCCUGGGCAAUCACCCCAACUCUGCCAUCAUCCUGCAUUAUGCCUGGCAUGGGCAGGGCCAGUCACCCUCUAUUCGCCAGCUCAUCAUGCAUUCAAUGGCAGAGUGGUACAUGAGGGGGGAGCAAUAUGACCAGGCCAAGCUCUCACGCAUCCUGGACGUGGCUCAGGACUUGAAGUCUCUAUCGAUGCUGCUAAACGGUACUCCAUUUGCCUUUGUAAUUGACCUUGCUGCACUUGCCUCUCGCCGCGAAUACCUCAAACUAGACAAAUGGCUGACUGAUAAAAUCAGAGAACAUGGGGUAAAUGAGCCCUUCAUACAGGCAUGUGUGACUUUCUUGAAGAGGCGCUGUCCCACCAUCAUGGGAGGGCUGGCCCCGGAGAAAGACCAGCCCAAAAGUGCACAACUGCCACCUGAAACGCUGGCCACGAUGCUAGCCUGUCUGCAGUCUUGCGCAGGGAGUGUGUCUCAAGAGCUAUCUGAGACAAUCUUGACCAUGGUGGCCAACUGUAGCAAUGUGAUGAACAAGGCCCGUCAGCCUCCACCAGGGGUAAUGCCAAAGGGUCGAGCUCCUAGCACCAGCAGCCUGGAUGCCAUCUCUCCGGUUGACCCACUCACUGCGAUGGGCUCGCUGAAUCUAGGUAGCUCAGCCGCCUCCCACACACAGAACAUGCAAGGUUUCCCCACGCCGCUGGGUUCAGCCUUCAGCAAUCCCCAGUCUCCUGCUAAGGCCUUUCCCCCUCUGACCAACCCCAACCCCAGCACAGCCUUUGGGGGCAUUAGCGGCCUCUCCUCUCAACUCCCAGGUCCAUUGGGUUCAGGCAGCUUGAGUGGGAUUGGUUCAGGUCUGGGCAUGCCAGCAGUGAACAACGACCCUUUUGGCCCGAGGAAGAUGAGCACGCCAGGGCUCAACCCACCCACCUUCCAGCACUCUGACCUCUCUCAUGUGUGGCCUGAGGCAAACCAGCACUUUAGUAAGGAGAUCGACGACGAGGCCAACAGCUAUUUCCAGCGCAUUUAUAACCAUCCCCCUCACCCUACCAUGUCCGUGGAUGAGGUGCUGGAGAUGCUGCAGAGGUUUAAGGACUCUAACAUCAAGCGGGAGCGGGAGGUGUUUAACUGCAUGCUGCGCAACCUGUUUGAAGAAUACAGGUUCUUUCCCCAGUACCCAGACAAAGAGCUCCACAUAACCGCCUGCUUGUUUGGCGGCAUCAUAGAGAAGGGCCUGGUCACCUACAUGGCCCUCGGCCUUGCUUUGCGAUAUGUCCUGGAGGCAUUACGCAAACCCUAUGGCUCCAAGAUGUAUUACUUUGGGAUUGCUGCACUGGAUCGGUUUAAGAAUAGAUUGAAGGAUUAUCCACAGUAUUGCCAGCACUUGGCAUCCAUAGCCCAUUUUUUGCAGUUCCCCCACCAUUUGCAAGAGUAUAUCGAGUAUGGCCAGCAGUCGCGUGACCCUCCAGUGAAAAUGCAGGGCUCAAUCACCACACCGGGCAGCCUCGCUCUGGCCCAGGCCCAAGCCCAGUCUCAGCCACCCAAAGCCCCUCAACCUGGCCAGGCCAGCACCCUGGUGACCACCACGACCACUACCACCACAGUCGCCAAAACCUCCACCAUCUCCAGGCCCACUGCAGUAGGUUUUAAGAAGGAUGUGCCACCCUCGAUCAACACCACAAACAUAGACACUCUGCUGGUGGCGACAGACCAAACUGAAAGGAUUGUGGAGCCUCCGGAGAAUGUGCAGGAGAAGAUAGCUUUCAUUUUCAACAACCUGUCCCAAUCUAACAUGUCUCAAAAGGUUGAAGAGCUGAAGGAGACGGUGAAGGAGGAAUUUAUGCCCUGGGUGUCUCAAUACCUGGUGAUGAAACGUGUCAGCAUUGAGCCAAACUUUCACAGCCUCUACUCCAACUUCCUUGACACACUCAAAAAUCCAGAGUUUGUCAAAAUGGUUCUAAAUGAGACCUACCGGAACAUUAAGGUUCUCCUGACCUCUGACAAGGCAGCUGCUAAUUUUUCUGAUCGAUCCCUGCUGAAGAACUUGGGCCACUGGCUUGGCAUGAUCACCCUGGCUAAAAACAAACCCAUCCUCUAUACUGAUUUGGAGUUGAAGUCUCUGUUACUGGAAGCUUAUGUGAAAGGCCAACAAGAGCUGCUAUAUGUGGUCCCCUUUGUGGCCAAAGUCCUGGAGUCCAGUCUGCGCAGUGUGGUCUUCAGGCCACAGAAUCCCUGGACCAUGGCCAUUAUGAAUGUACUGGCCGAGCUUCACCAGGAGCAUGAUCUAAAGCUAAAUCUGAAGUUUGAGAUUGAGGUGCUGUGUAAGAACCUGUCUCUGGACAUUAAUGACCUGAAGCCAGGUAACCUGCUGAAGGACAAAGAGAAACUGAAGAAUCUGGAUGAGCAACUGUCUGCACCAAAGAAAGAGACUAAGCCUCCAGAAGAGAUGCUGCCAAUAGUCACUACAGGUGUAUGUCUUCCAUUUGCAGCCGCGCCUUCUGCUCCUGCUGCCACAGCAACCACCGCAACCACAGGGCCACCUACCCCACAAUUCAGCUACCACGAUAUCAACGUGUAUGCUCUGGCAGGUCUUGCCCCCCAUAUAAACAUCAAUGCCAACAUUCCCCUGCUGCAGGCACAUCCCCAGCUAAAACAGUGUGUAAGGCAGGCAAUUGAGCGUGCUGUCCAAGAGCUUGUGCACCCUGUGGUGGACCGAUCCAUCAAGAUUGCCAUGACCACGUGUGAGCAGAUUGUCAGAAAAGACUUUGCUCUGGACUCGGAGGAGUCACACAUGCGCGUUGCUGCUCACCAUAUGAUGCGCAACCUGACUGCUGGCAUGGCCAUGAUCACCUGCAGAGAGCCACUACUGAUGAGUAUCGCCACCAAUCUGAAGAACAGCUUUGCUGCUGCCCUCCGGGCUCCCACAGCCCAGCAGAGGGAGAUGAUGGAGGAGGCAGCUGCCCGCAUUGCUCAGGACAACUGUGAACUAGCCUGUUGCUUCAUCCAGAAGACAGCUGUUGAGAAAGCUGGGCCUGAAAUGGACAAGAGACUUGCCACUGAGUUUGAGCUGAGGAAGCAUGCUCGUCAGGAGGGCCGGCGCUACUGUGACCCCAUGGUGCUUACCUACCAAGCAGAACGCAUGCCGGAGCAGAUCCGCCUUAAGGUGGGUGGUGUGGACCCUAAACAGCUGGCUGUUUAUGAGGAGUUUGCCCGUAAUGUUCCAGGAUUCCUGCCCAGCAAUGACCUGUCUCAGCCCACUGGGUUCCUUGCUCAGCCUAUGAAGCAGCAAGCAUGGCCCACAGAUGACAUGGCUCACAUCUAUGAUAAGUGCAUCUCUGAUCUUGAGCAGCAUUUGCAUGCCAUCCCACCAGCCCUGGCCAUGAACCCGCAAGCACAGGCCCUGCGCAGCCUCCUGGAGGCUGUAGUAAUGGCUCGCAAUUCCCGUGAUGGAAUCACCGCUUUGGGUUUGCUGCAGAAGGCUGUUGAGGGCCUGCUGGAUGCUACCAGUGGUGCAGAUGCUGACUUGCUGCUGAGCUAUAGAGAGUGCCACUUAUUGGUGCUGAAAGCACUGCAGGACAGCCGUGCCUAUGGGCCACAGUGGUGCAACAAACAGAUCACCAGGUGCCUGAUGGAGUGUCGUGAUGAGUAUAAGUACAAUGUGGAGGCAGUGGAGCUUUUGAUCAGAAACCACCUAGUCAACAUGCAGCAGUAUGACCUGCACCUGGCCCAGUCAAUGGAGAAUGGGCUGCACUACAUGGCAGUGGCGUUUGCUAUGCAGCUGGUGAAGUUGCUGCUGGUGGAUGAGCGCAGCGUGAGUCACAUCACUGAAGCAGACUUGUUUCACACUAUUGAGACCCUCAUGAGGACCUGUGCACACUCCAGAGCCAAUGCACCUGAAGGCCUGCCCCAACUGAUGGAUGUGGUCCGCUCCAACUACGAGGCCAUGAUUGACAGGCACCAUGGUGGACCCAACUUUAUGAUGCACUCUGGGAUCUCUCAGGCGUCCGAGUAUGAUGAUCCACCAGGCCUACGUGAGAAAGCAGAGUAUCUACUAAGAGAGUGGGUCAACCUGUACCACUCUGCUGCUGCAGGCAGGGACAGCACUAAGGCCUUCUCUGCCUUUGUGGGCCAGAUGCAUCAGCAGGGCAUUCUCAAGACUGACGACCUAAUCACCCGUUUCUUCCGGCUGUGUACGGAGAUGUGUGUGGAGAUCAGCUACCGCGCACAGGCUGAGCAGCAGCACAACCCAGCGGCCAGCUCUGCCAUCAUCCGUGCCAAGUGCUACCACAACCUGGACGCUUUUGUUCGCCUCAUCGCCCUGCUCGUCAAACACUCCGGAGAGGCCACCAACACAGUCACCAAGAUCAACCUUCUCAAUAAGGUGUUGGGCAUUGUGGUAGGCGUGCUGAUCCAGGACCAUGACGUGCGGCAGACAGAGUUCCAGCAGUUGCCAUACCAUCGCAUUUUCAUUAUGCUGCUGCUAGAGCUCAAUGCUCCUGAACAUGUGCUGGAGACCAUCAACUUCCAGACCCUCACUGCCUUCUGUAACACCUUCCACAUCCUGAGGCCUACUAAAGCACCUGGCUUUGUCUAUGCCUGGCUGGAGCUGAUCUCCCAUCGAAUCUUUAUUGCCAGGAUGCUGGCGCACACACCACAGCAGAAGGGUUGGCCCAUGUAUGCCCAGCUGCUGAUUGAUCUGUUCAAGUACCUGGCACCUUUCCUGAGGAAUGUUGAGCUUAACAAACCUAUGCAAAUCCUCUAUAAGGGCACCCUGCGAGUUCUUCUGGUACUGCUCCACGACUUCCCAGAGUUCCUGUGUGACUAUCACUACGGCUUUUGUGAUGUGAUACCACCAAACUGCAUCCAGCUGAGGAACCUGAUCCUGAGUGCCUUCCCCCGCAACAUGAGGCUUCCAGACCCCUUCACUCCCAACCUCAAGGUGGACAUGCUAAGUGAAAUUAACAUCGCCCCGCGCAUCCUUACGAACUUCACUGGUGUGAUGCCCUCCCAGUUCAAAAAGGAUCUGGACUCAUACCUGAAGACCCGAUCUCCCGUUACUUUCCUCUCCGAAUUGCGCAGCAACCUGCAGGUGUCCAAUGAGCCGGGUAAUCGCUACAACAUCCAGCUGAUCAAUGCCCUGGUGCUGUAUGUGGGCACACAGGCCAUCGCCCAUAUCCACAACAAGGGCAGCACACCCUCCAUGAGCACCAUUACACAUUCGGCACAUAUGGACAUCUUCCAGAACCUCGCUGUGGACCUGGACACUGAGGGGCGUUAUCUGUUUCUGAAUGCGAUAGCCAAUCAGCUGCGUUAUCCGAACAGCCACACGCACUACUUCAGCUGCACCAUGCUCUACCUAUUUGCUGAAGCCAAUGCAGAGGCCAUUCAGGAGCAGAUCACCAGGGUAUUGCUGGAGAGGCUAAUUGUAAACAGGCCACAUCCCUGGGGACUCCUCAUCACCUUUAUUGAGCUGAUCAAGAACCCAGCCUUUAAGUUCUGGAGCCAUGACUUUGUUCACUGUGCCCCAGAGAUCGAGAAGCUGUUCCAGUCAGUGGCUCAGUGCUGCAUGGGGCAGAAGCAGGCCCAGCAGGUGAUGGAAGGCACGGGUGCCAGUUAGGCUGCGGGAAUCGUCCCUCCUGAGCCCAGAGAGAGAACGCCUCCCAUCUCCCCUGUAGCCCUCCACUGAUGCCCUGCUCCCAUCGGAUCAUCUCAUCUCAGCCAGCACUGGACUACCUUAUACCGGGACUGCCUCUCGCCCAGACUAAAGAGUUUAGGGAUAUUAUUUUGCGAGGGGAAGGCAUGCUGUUAAACAGUCUAAAAACAAAGCUUGUGUAAAUAUUAAGAAAAGGGACGUUUUAAGAGCAGUUUUUGCAUAACCUUUCCCCUUCCCCUUGCUAUCCAAAGCUCAAAUCUGACACAGAAGCAUGAUCACAUGCUUUAACACCUUCAUGGUAUCUGGUGCACAUAUGGAUAAGCAUACACUCUCAUCUGCCUGUUUUGGCUCCCCCUCUUCCACCACCAUGAAUUUAGGUUUUUAUUUUAUUUUUUUUUCUUGCCUUCAAGACUGAUCUUUUUUGUUUGGAAGCUUAGUGACUUAAAGGAAGCUGUCUUAUUUUUUUCCAGAUUUUGUUUUAAGGGGAGAGCUGUUGGUGUGGAGAGGGGAUAGGCACGGACAGAUUUUUGUCCUAGAGUGCAGUGGUGCUUUGGGGUUGCUGGUUUGCACCGUUUUGACAGUGGGUAGGAGGUUCUCCCUGGCACUUGUAAAAUUGUGGAAAUAUUCAGAAUUUGAUGGUAAUUUGAAUCUUAAAGUUUGUACAAAGAUCCAAAUUGCGGAACAAAAAGGAGGACCAAUACAGCCCAUUUUGUAAGGAUUUUGAAUGUUUUGUAAAUGUAUUGGUCCGCGUGUUGUAUUUUGUAGUACUUUCUAGUUGCCUUUAGUUCUUGCUACUUAUUUCCUGUAUGUAUGCAUUCUGUAGUUACCGCAUUAAACACUUGAACUGCA